CAGAUGGAUAAAUAGUCACUGGAAAUUGCAGGCGAUUAUUGAACGAAGCGACAGAAUGGCUCACUUCAAAAUUUUCUCGAUCUUGCUCUUGGCGGCAGUCCUGAGUGUAGCUUCUGCUCGUCCUGGAGGAUACACAGGAUAUGGACACGGAUACUCUUAUCCGGUUGUUUAUUCGAGCUACAGUUACCCUAGUUAUGUAUACAGUAUUGGACAUCAUGGGGGAUACGGUUACCCAUCUUAUGGUUACGGUCACGGAUCUGGACUUGGGUUUUACGGCGGAUAUUGGUGAAGGCUAUCGUAAUCAUUGGUCCACGGAAUUGAUUGAUACCAGAAAAGGUGGCUUCUCUAAAGGUUAAGAAGAUCCUCCAACCCCUCGGAUGAAAUAAUUUCAAUAUUUUUACUCCGAUUUUUGGUCUUUUCAUUAACAAUCUCGGAAUCAAGUUGUAUUUUUACUCGGAAUAAAUUUGGUUUCCCAGAUA